AUGGGUCUCCUCGACGAAACUUCCGGCGCCACGCUCGUUUCCUUGGUCGUUGAGUCGACCCUUUUCGGAAUUACGUUGUUGCAGACCUUCUUCUACUUCAGGAACUACGCAAACGACCGGUGGUACAUCAAGGGCCUCGUCAUCUUCCUCACCACCUUGGACACUCUCCAUGUCGUCCUCUGUCUCCAUGCCGUCUACUGGUAUCUCGUGACCAACUUCGGCAACGUCGCCAACCUCGACAACACCGUGUGGAGUCUGGACUUGCAAGUAGAGGCCAACACUGUCAUUGCCGUCGUCGUCGAGUGCUUCUUCGCACGACGCCUCUACAUCAUGAGCAAGAACUGGAUCCUCGCCGGCACGGUCGUCAUUCUGGCUUUGAUCCAUAUCAGCACGGGUCUCGUCUUCACCGUCAAAGCUUUCACUCUCGGCCACUUCUCCAAGUUCACUACUCUCAAGCCGGUCAUCGUUCUGGGUCUUGUCGCGCCUGCAGUCGCCGACAUCCUCAUCGCGGGAUCUAUGUGCUACUACCUCUACAGGAAGCGCACUGGUCUCAGCAGGACGGACUCCAUCGUUACCGCGCUGAUGGUGUACAGCGUGAACAGUGGUCUCACGACCAGCAUCAUCGCCUCCGCCUGCGUGAUCACGUUCCUCGCGAUGCCGACGAACCUCAUCUGGAUCGCGUUCUUCUGGCUGCUCGGCAAAUGCUACGUCAACUCAUUCCUCGCGCUACUGAACAGCCGCGAGCAGCUCCGCGAGCGCUCCGGCCGCGGCGGCGUCGUCGCGCUCUCCGACUUCGCCGCGAACGGCAGCGGCGGGAGCGGCGGCGGCGCGGGCAGCGGCGGCGGGCUGUCGCACGCGCGCCGCGCGCUCCCGAACCCGAAGGGCGGCGUCGGCGCGCCCGUCGUGGACGUCGAGAUCGGGAUCUCGCGCACCGUCAUCGAGCGCGCCGACGACGCGCACGAGCGCAAGACCGCGGGCGACGACUGGUAG